GCACCACCACACCACUCCCACUCCCAGUCUACCAAAGCAAACGGUGCAAAGCAAGACUUGACCUUUCUAUCUUUCUGGUCGUUGUAGGGUUAAGAAACGUUACAGCUACAGUUAUUUGCAAUUUCCAAAACUCUUUUAUUUUUAUGUUUUUUGGGUUGGCUUCGCUUUAUUCCUGUGUCUCUUUUUGAUUGAAAAAAGCUUUGUAAAAAAAAAAAAAAAAAGCUUUAAUCAUCCACCUUCCACACGUGCUUGCCUUGCCUCACCCCAUAUUUCUGUUCCAAUCCCAUUAACUUAUAUUUCUUUCUUCUUAAUAUUUUUCUUUCAAUCUCGCUUGGUCCCAACUCUUUGUAUCUCUUCUAGGUUUUUCGUUUUUCAUUUUGGGGAUGAACUAGAAUCUGGGCCAAUCUGAUUCUCGCAUAUUGUUUGUCAUUCUGGGUAUUCUUAGAUCUUUAUUUUUGUGACUGGGUUUCUCUUAUUUUGAUCUAAUUCGAUCUAAUCUGGUCUGAAUUUGACUCUUGGGGCAAUGUCACAAGGCUAUGCCAUCGAGCUCUACUUCGAUCCCGCACUCGAGAAUCAGGUCUUGAAGGCCUGGAACGUCCUGGCUCGCCGUCAGAUUAGUACCCAACUCAUCGAAAUCGAAUCACGGCCGCACAUCACUCUCUUCUCCACCUCCUCGAUCGAACCCACGAAGCUGGAAUCGGUUAUCAAAGGGUUUGCAUCGAAGCAAGACCCUUUGUCCUUGUCUUUCUCUUCAAUUGGGAGUCUUUCAAACGACAACAAUGUCCUGUUUCUAGGCCCAACACCUUCAAUGUCGUUGCUCCAGUUCCACUCUCAAUUGUGCGAGCUAAUGAAGAAAGAAGGGGUCGAAAUUGGGGAGGAGUAUCGUCCAGACUCGUGGAUCCCUUACUGUGCUGUUGCUCAAGAAGUGCCUAAGGCUCGUAUGGCUGAGGCUUUUUGUGUGUUGAGGGAGUUGAAGUUGCCUGUUACUGGCUACGCCAUGGAUAUUGGCUUGGUUGAGUUUUCUCCAGUUCGUGAACACUUCUCUUUUGUGCUUGGUAAUACACUAGAAGCUUGAUUUUGAUUUAGCUGUUGAAGAAUUGUUAUGUGCUCAUUUUUAGAAUCUAGUUUUUGGCUUUGGUUUAGUCCAAUAUGCCUUUUCAUGUUGUUGUAAUUACAAUGGUGGUGCUGCUAUUUAUAGCAUAGUAACAAAAUUUGAAUUUUUAUGUUUAAUAACAUUCUUUUCUCUUUUUUUCUCA